GCUAGCUACCUCUCUCCUUCUUCUACUCCUUCUCUCACUCUUCCUUUUAUAUAUAUUGACUCUUGAGUUAUUCCACUUUCACACUCCUGAGUUCUCCACCAACCUCAUUCUCUCUCUUUACAUAACUCACUUUUUGACAACACAUUAUUACAUUCCUUAAUUCCAAAAUGAGCACGCAGCAGCUGAAAAGGUUCAACUCAAUGGAACGCAGGCCAAGAAUGCUGAAGGACUUCCUCAGCGAGAAUCUGAACUCUUGCUCCUCAAGCGGCUUCGAAUCACUUCCAAGAAAACCAACCAACAACAACAACAACAGCAUGCACAGCCUCAUAGAAAUGGAACUCAAAUCAUCAUCAUCAUCGUCAUCAUCACCCUUUCAAACACUUAUCAACACCAUAAGAAGCAUCUCUCUCUUCACCCCAAAAUCACCCUCAGUGCUUUCUCUACCCAGAAGCCUCUCUCGCAAGCUAUCAUCUUCAAGAAGAAGAACAAGAAGAAGAAGAAGCCGAGUGUGCAGCGAUGUCAACAUCACAACGGCGGUGAAGAUCAAGGACAUCAUACGGUGGAAAUCGUUCAGGGACAUCGUGGUGGAACCUUCUCCUCUUCCACCACCACCACCACCGUUGGAUUUCAUGGUGGGGUCCACAAACACCAUCACCUGUAGUAGCUGUAGCAGUGGCUCUAGUUGGAUUAAGAGUGAUUUUUUAACCUUGGAAGAGGCACAAAACGACAACGUUGAAGCGGCGGGUAAAAGGUUUUCGUUUAUUUCACACCUUCUUGUCGGCAGCAAGAACUCCUGGGCUAAGGAAACUUUAACUUGCCAAGAAGAACAACACAGUCCAGUUUCAGUUCUUCAGGUUGGAGAAGAUGAAUUCUCACCUUUUGAUCAAAGCCUUGCCAAUAUUCAAAGGAGAAAACAGAAGUUCAUACAAACAGUUCAGAAAUUGGAGAGUCUUGCAAAAUUUGACCUUGCAAACUUAGACCAGUGUCUCUCAUUGGAUGACAAUUCUGGCUAUGAUGAAGAAUAUGAAGAAGAUGAUGCUGAUAAUGAAGUUGACAUUGAAGAACAAGAUUGGAUUGAGGAAAAGGCAAAGCAGCUGCUGAAUUGUGUUAAAGCAAGAGGUUCAGCAGAUGGAUGUAGAGACUAUUUGGAUACACUUCUGUUGGAUUUUUUUAGGGAAGAACUAAGUGGAGGUAGAAACCAAUACAAGAAUGAAGAGGAGUUUGAGUUAGAGACAUUGAGAAUAACUGAGGAUUGGAUAAAUGGGUCAUUUGCUUUUGAUGCAGGGCAUGUUGACAAACAUGCUUAUAUUAAGGACAUGGAAAGGAGAGAUCAGUGGAGUAGGUUUGAGGAGGAGCAAGAAGAAUUGGCCUUUGAAAUUGAAACAGCUAUAUUGCAUAGUUUGGUUGCUGAUCUUCUUGACCUGGAUGGUUAAUACUUAAUAGUUUUUCUUUUCAAAGUUCAAAUCAAGUUCUGGCAAUUGCUUCCUCCACAGUUGUUUCCUGCACCUUCCUAAGCUUACGAAACACCUAAUUGAGAAUGUAAAAUUACAUUCCGUUAGGUGCAGGAAGCAAUUGUCUCUAUUUUCAAUUUCUUUUAAGAUCUCUGGGCCUUUAGCCUCACUUUUCUCAACAGAAAUUAUCUGGCCCACUAUAGCACUUGAAGCCCAAAUCAGAAAAGUAAGUCUCCUCCUACAGCAUCCAUUUAGACCUACCAACCACACCAGAAAAAUAAUGAGACCUACCAACCAAGGGCAGAGGGAUGCCCUUCUUUAGUGGUAACAAAGGACAAAUGUCAUAGUUUGGUGAGUUUUGGAUACUCUUCUAUGAAGGGGUAAUGAGAUUCUGGUGGACAUAAGUACAUGAUUGGGUUGUACUGUACUUAAAUUUAGUUAUGGCUUAGAUUUUGGACUUUGGAGUGUAGCAAUUUAAUUAGUGGAUUUCAAGGCAUAAACUCAUGCCUACUUUUGUCAAUGUACUGGUGCUUAGGAAGUCUUUAGAUUGUUCAGUUAUCCAAUAUAUCUGUAAAGGAAAUUAUUCAGCAUUUAGCACUUCUCUUUUCAGGCUAAUGUUUCAAAUACAAGGCCUUUCUACAACUGCAGCUAAAAAUGAGAGUAUGCAUAUAACUUUGUUUUUCUAUUAUUUAAUAUUAUUUGAUGGCA